CUGAGGUUGCCAUAGUCUGACAUUCAAAAUGUCUACCACUCCCAGACCGGCCGUGAAGUAGUCGUCGACGCCAUCGUAACAAUGCAGGGUCACUGGUUCUUCCUUCUCGGUGCAACCCUUCGCACACGUACCUUUUGCCGUCUAGUUUUCGACGAGAAUGAUAAGGUUGUGUUGUAUCACGAUGUCUGGAGUGUUCAGGAUACCAUUCAUGGUAUGUUGCUGGGGUGGACGAGGCUUCCGGGGAGUACGGAGAGUAUGAGUUUGUGGGUGCAUGAGCGGGUUGUGAAGCCCGUGAUGACGAUGAUUGUAUUAGGGUCGCUUUGGCUGUUUGGGAAGUAUAACUCAUGCAGACAGAUACAUAUGCAUAGCUAGGAAAAGGC